AUGGGCUACUACAACAAUAUCUUGCAGUAUGGCGAAGACAGGAUUUGCGUUGAUGCUCAGAAAGCUGGUGCGGACGGAUUCAUUAUUGUAGACUUACCGCCUGAGGAAGCAAAGUCGCUCAGUAACGACGCGGCCAAACACGGCCUCGCCUACAUCCCAUUAGUUUCUCCAACGACAACAGACGAGCGUAUGCAGCUUAUUAACGCUGUGGCGCAUGGCUUUGUGUACUGCGUGAGUCUCACUGGUGUUACUGGUGCUCGUGCUGAGCUACCGCCUAAUCUCGAAGCGUUUAUUGCCAGAAUUCGUGCCAACGUAAAGCACCCGCUCGCAUUGGGCUUUGGGCUAUCGACGCGCCAACACUUCGUACAAGCCAGCGCGCUCGCAGAUGGUGUUGUGAUCGGCUCAAAAAUUGGCCUCUACUAUUUCAUACAAGACCGUGCCAAUGGUUCGGCUGGUGAAUAG